GACUGACACUGAUUUGGAAAAUAAACUUCUCCUUUCGACCUAGUACUACAAUGAGUGCCCCAAACUCCGAUUGUGACCAGCGCAGCGAGACAGAGCAUGUGUACGGUUGGAUUACCGAUCUUUGCUGCAAGGAAAAGCGCCUUUCGGCUAUGUUGGAGCUCUGCGACAGACGCAGUCACAUCGAGAGCCUGGGUCCCUUGCUGUGGCACUCCUUUGGAGCUGUAAGUGGCUUGCUGCAAGAGGUUGUGUCCAUCUAUCCGGCUAUCCUAGCCAACGAGCUGAGCGGACAGCAGUCGCAGCGGAUUCUCGCUGCCAUCGGAUUGUUCCAGGCUAUGACCUCCCACCCCGUUAUUGGCAUUCACUGCCAAUUCAUGUGUUAUUUGAUGCCAUUGCUGAAAAUGACCCCACAAACCAAAUCCGUUGAGCACGUUCGCCUCUCAGUUCUGGGCGUCGUCUGCGGUCUACUGAAGUCGGAUCACCCGGAGAUCGUGGGCUACUUUCUGGGCACCGAAUUGAUUCCACUCAUCCUGCGUCAGCUGGAACUGGGCUCCAGCAUGAGCAAGGUGCUCUGUGCAUUUAUCCUGUACCGCAUCUUGGAACACGAAGUAGGCCUAAAGUUUGCUAGUCGUAGAUUGGCACGUCGGCUGCAUCUGGUUCACACUUUGGCCAGGGUUGUGCACCAACUGACGCUGGAACCAGAGCCAAGGGUUCUCAAGCACGUGGUUCGGGUCUAUUCGCGUCUGGCUGACCAUCCCCAAAGUCUAGAGCUGAUAUUCAAGCACCUGCCGGCGCAGCUCCGGAACGGCUAUUUCUGCCAGAAGAGUUUGCCGGGCUUUGAGAGUGCCUCACUGGAGCUGGCUGAACUGAACCGAAAACUGGUCAGCAGCGAGGCCGAUAAGGACACAGCUUAUAAUGAGUAAAGCCCUGCCGGGAUACAAUCGACGUUUCAUUUUACACCUUGGCAAUUUAACUCCUCCUAAACUCAAUUCAGAAAUAUAUGCACACGGCCAACAACCCAGAUUCUUUAUCGGGCGCCAAAAGUUGAACUUGCAAAUUCAUUUUUUUUUCGGUUUCUUGGGUAUGAUGAUUUUAAUGGGGUUGCUGGGAGAGCCUCAAGUUUGCGUAAUGCAAUAAACAGCUCGUAAAUAUUUUGAUACCAAUUUUCCGGGCCCCAAGAAUAACAGCUCUUCCCAUUCGGCAUAACCCUUCGCAGCACACCCACACACAUGACAGUUGGGCUUCCCAUACACGUGCAAUGGCUCGACUUUU